UAAUGAGAUCUCUACAGAGGUCACUACCAGUCUUUGUUUUGGUCGACCACGCACGGCAGCUGUUCGGUGUGCGCUAUCAUAGAAUUCGUAAGAGAAAAGGAGUGGUGAUUAGGCUGUGUUUGCCUAGAAAUACGGCUUUUUUGUAUAGUUCUAGGACUCGUAGGGACUUGUGCUCGUGAUAUGUUAAAGAUAUAGUUGUUACGCGUGUGAUAUACUGUUGUUAAAGUCGAGAAACGUUGUUAAAUCGUGUAAUUACCAUAGUAAACGUAGGUUAUGACGUUUACUACGUAGCGAAGUGUGUUUGUGUGAGUGAAUUCGACAGGUCGUGACAGCAUUGCCGUUGAAGCGAAUCUUAACGGGAUAACUAUGCGAUCGGUUUGCAUCAACCGCUGCCUGUCGCAUACCGUUCUAAAUACGGCGCAAAGGCACAUUAAGCUGUGAAAAUCAAGAUGGCCGCGAUUGCGCGCCAAAUCCUGCGUAAGCGUCAGAUGGCGCUUCCGCGUCCGUUCCGUUCGAAAUAGUCAUUAGUGUUUUGACAGUGGUGGUGUAGUGUCGUGAUGCUCGUGAUGUGAUAUAGUGUUGUGUGGUAGAAUGUCUGAGGAACGGUCGCGGCGGCUGUCGCAGCUGUUCGACCCGCUGGCGCGGUUCACCGACCACAGCGGCGCUGGUCACUCGGCCAGCACGCCAAACAGCCCGAGGUUGAUGCCGCGGAGGUCGAGGGAUCCGCCGCCGCCGCCGCCUAGGCCCGCGGGUCAGUCCCGCGUGGACCCGCUCGAUUUCGAGCUGGACACCGAGCUGGGUUCCGUGAACUGGCAGGAGCGAUGUCUGGAGUUGCAGCUGGAGCUCCACCGCAGCCGGCACCAGGCCACCAGGGUGCACCACGUGCUGAGCGAAAAGGUACCUACCGACAUGGAUAUAUGGAGUAUAGCAGUUUUGCUCUCGGAGCUCGAGCAGAGGGUGCUCGAGGCCGAGGGGCGGGCCGAGGAAGCAGAGGACAAGGUCCGCGCCAUGGAGCAGCGGCUUUGCGAGUGGCCGGCGGGCGCUGACGGAGCGCCCAAAGCCAUCACUCGACUCGAAGGACAGAUCGAGGAACAGAAGCAGCUGCGGCUCCAAGACGCGAAGCAGGUGGAGGCGAAGGCGGCGCGCAUCAAGGAGUGGGUCACCAACAAGCUGAAGGAGCUGGAGCAGCAGAACCAGCAGCUCCGGGAGCAGAACCAUCGCUGUAACCAACAGCUGGAGCUGCUCAGGAACCAUAUUGCUACGCAGGGUAGCCGUGCAUUCCUCCCCACUCGAGCGAGUCUGUCCCUCGAGGUCAGGACUGAAGAAGGCUCGCCCCGAGCCACAUCCAGCCUAAUCGCUGCCAAUAGGCGGAGAUCAGAGAGCCUCGAGGGGCCACAGAUACCCCUAACUUCAUCGGAACCUCACUACAGCACCCCCGUGCGGCACCGACGCAACCAAUCCAUCGGUACCCCUCACGCUAGCGCCACCCCACCGCCUGUGGUCAACACCAUGAACCGUACACUCGACGAGCGGACGGCAGCCAGCCUACUUGCCGAUGAUCUGGCAGCGGCUGUAGAGAACCUCGUGGUGUUGCCAACGACGCCAAACACGUCAACAGAUGGUGAUACUACACAUGAUUAUGCAGAAAUCUAUACACCAAGUAGAGAACGUACGCCAGCGUGGCAGGGCCCAUCAGUAGUGGUUCAAGGCAGUCGCGGCGGCAGCUCUACGGGUGACUCGUGUGCGUCAGACCAGCCGCGCCCGCCCACGCCACCACUACACCGCUUCCCUAGCUGGGAGGCUAAGAUUUACCAAGUGGCUGACGAUGGCUUACAACAAUCAGUUGAGGAAGAACUAAGUCCACCACCGUGUCCACGACCAGUCCACGAGUCGACAAGCUACCAAAAUAUAUCCGUCCCUGUCUACGCCACUGUCAAAGGGCGAGCGUCACAGAUCCGAUCGAUGCCUUUCACGGGUGACUCGUCGGAUGAUUCGUCUGACGGUGAAGAUUCCAUGGGAGUCACAGUUCACAACACACCACAUCACAUUUUCGCUCAAACCUCAAGCCAACCAAUCAACAACGUGAACCUCACCAACGUCCUCCCAGCCUCGAUACAACAGACGUCCAACCACGGCCUAGUGUUAACCAACAGUGCGAACGGCCAGUGCAGUUCAUCGGACACCAGUCUGAGUGCGAGCAGUCCGUCGAAGAGCGUGAAGACUAGCUCUAGUCUGAGCCCGGCUAAACGGUCGAGUAGCGGGUCGCCGAGUAAACAGAGUAAAACUAGAGAUACGUCGUUCGAGUCGGGCAUGUCGGACGACUACGCGAUCCCGCCGGACGCGGUGUCGUGCGACACGUCGGCGUCGCUGGCCUCGCUGUGCCGCUCGGCGCCGCCGCCGGCUCAGAGGCAUGAGGCUUUAGAAAAAAGUGGCCAUCUCGCCAAAUUGGGCGGGAAGCUCAAGACGUGGCGGAAACGAUGGUUUGUCCUGAAGAACGGCACGCUCUCAUACUGGAAGUCGCAAUCAGAAACGGCCCGCAAGCCGCAAGGCCAGAUCGGUCUCGGCGAGGCCUGCAAGAUCUCGCGCAACGAGGGCGCCGCCACCUUCGAGAUCUACACCGGCAGUCGCACCUACUACCUCACGGCUGACAGCAUCGCUACUAUGGAGGAUUGGAUCAGAGUUUUACAGAACGUUCAAAGGCGAAACGCGACGAAACUCUUACUGAGUAAAGAAGACAACAAGCCAACUAUUCAGGGCUGGCUGACGAAAGUCAAGAACGGCCACGCCAAGAAGAGUUGGUGCGUUCUCAUCGGCAAAAUGUUCCUGUACUUCAAGUCGCCUGGGGACCAGAACCCAACGGGCCAGAUAAACAUGCGCGACGCCCGAGUAGAGGAUGUGGAACACGUAUCUGAUUCGGACUCUGAAGAAAAGAACGAUGACACGCGGAACCAUCUGACGGUUGCGAUAUACCCGCAGCACCAGGUAACUGGGGGUCCAACAUACCUCCUGUUCGAGAGUAAGGCGGACAAGGACUCGUGGCUGUACCAGCUGACCGUGGUCUCGGGCGCCGGCCUGGGCCAGGGCACGCACUUCGAGCAGCUCGUGCAGAAGCUCAUGGAGACCGACGGUGACCCCAAUUGCGUGCUAUGGAGGCAUCCGACGUUACUGUAUAGUAAAGAACAUAUUUCGUCGCCACUCACCUCACUAACGUCCGAAGCGUUGCAGGCGGAAGCGCUAAAACUGUUUAAGUGCGUCCAACUGUUCAUGUCCGUGUGCGUGGAGCACUGCGGCAUCGACUACCACGUGGUGCUGGCCCAGAACGCGCUGCAGCAGUGUCUGGAAGUGUCAGAGCUUCAGGACGAGCUGGUGUCGGCCCUGGCCAAGCAGACAGCGCCGCACACGCACAGCAAGCACGGCGUUCAGGUAACGCCGUCGCCGUCGCCCGCUAGCGCAAGGCGCCACCAGAAGCUUAACGUUAAAGCGCAGAAGCUUAAGAAUCAACUGCUACUAUGCGCGACGCAAUCGCUGUUCACGUGCGACACCGGCGCCGCGUCCGUCGGCGGCGACAACAAGAGCGACACCGCGCCCAGCGGAGGCUCCCCGAGCUCCAUACAGGCGCCCCUACUCUCCGUGGAUUGCAAGAGCAACCCACCCACAUACAGCUUCGUACAAGGGUGGCAGUUGUUAGCGCUGGCUGUAAGCUUGUUCGUGCCGCGGAACAACAGGCUGUUGUGGUACCUGAAGCUACACCUCAGCAGGCAUUCUGACUCCAAAACGGAAUGCGGCAAAUACGCAGCAUACUGCUCCCGCGCUCUUGAACGAACUAUCCGGAACGGCGGCCGCGAAGACAAACCCUCGCGCAUGGAGGUGCUUUCCAUACUGCUCAAGAACCCCUACCACCACUGCCUGCCGCACGCCAUACCCGUGCACAUGCUCAACAACACCUACCAGGUGAUAAGUUUCGACGGGUCGACGACGGUAGAAGAGUUCCUGGCGACGCUAAGCACGGAGCUGGGCUGCCGCGAGGCCACCGCCUCGGGCUUCGCGCUCUUCAGCGACGACCCGAUAGAGAAGGAUCUAGAACAUCACAUCAAACCCGAUAAGAAGUUAUGCGACGUAAUAUCAAAAUGGGAGACGGCACUACGAGAGAAAGGGUCAGGAAAGUUCGAGAACUCUCGGGUGAUCCGACUGACGUACAGGAACAGGCUGUAUUUCAAGAGCUCUGUGCGAACCGAGACGGACAAGGAGCGGCUGUUGCUCUGCUAUCAAGUUAAUCAACAAGUGGUAGCGGGCCGGUUCCCGGUAACUCGAGAGCUGGCGGCGGAGCUGGGCGCGCUGAUGGCGCAGCUCGACAUGGGCGACUACUGCGCCUCGAGCAGCACGCACAACCAGCCGCUAGCGCACCGCUUCUACCCCUACCGAUACCGGGCCACGCUCAGUAACGACGAGCUCAGAGAAGUGGAAGAAAAGCUACGCAGCAAAUGGACGGCGCUGAAAGGCCGCAGUACGUCGGAUUGCGUGCGUAUCUACCUCAACUGCACAAGAAAAUGGCCGUUCUUUGGGGCCACCCUCUUCCAGGCGAGGAUAAAGCAGCCAGACCUGUCAAUGGCGUGGCUGGCCGUGUCAGAAGACGGCGUGACAGUGCUGGAACUGGCUUCCAUGUCCGUUAUCGGUCGAUACGCGCUCAGCUCUAUCGGCCUGUUCGGCGGCCUACAGGAUGAUUUGAUGAUGCUCAUCGACGCGGACGCAGACGACGCGACUAGUCCCGUGCACAAGAUGCUGAUCAGCCUCAACAAACCUAAGAUGGUGGAACUGACGCACCUAAUAGCGGACUACAAGAACGCGCUGUCCCGACCGCCGGCCACGCAGCCCGGCACGCCGCAGAACUCGCUCACGCGCCUGCGCCGCGCGCCGCCCCACACCCCCUCCACGCUCCCACACCACAACCCCCACAACACGCUCAACUCCCACACGACCACAAUGACGCUCGGCUCGGACCGCAACGCCACGCUCACGCUCAACUCCCACACGACCACAAUGACGCUCGGCUCGGACCGCAACGCCACGCUCUCGCACGGCCAGCCCGACAUCCUCAAGUCCACCCCGGACCACCACCGCGACAAGAAACGGGCCCAAGCCCAGGACAGCGGCGUCGCGUGAUCUAGA